UUACUUGCAAAAUCGUGAUUUCAGUUUGUUAAAUUAGGAAUAAAUAUCUAAAUAAUGAAGAAUUAGAACUUGAAUUCAAGUGUGAUAGUGUAUUUAUAGUAAUUCUAAGUGUUUUUAGAAGUCAUUUUUAAAUUUGUUGUGCAAUAUACAUCAAUUCUGUGCUUGGCGAUUUUGAAGUUUUGGACAUCAGCUGAGAGACAUUUCAUAAUUUGUAGACAGCAAUUUCUUAUUUGUAAAAAUUUAAAAACUACAACAAACUGGAGCGACUACCAGAGUACCUCCGCGACACCGUGGAUUGGUUUAUAGGAAAAGCACGACGUAAAGAGAAAGAAGGAAGUGAAUCAACAUCAUCAAAUGACUCAAAAUUGUAUUUAGAGGCCACUGUUUUAGAACGAAAAUUACCAGAAAUGGAUAUGCGACUAUUAGUAGAUUUACCACCAGGUCUUGACUAUAAUGAAUGGCUAGCAUCACAUACUAUGGCCCUAUUUGACCAUGUAAAUCUAGUAUAUGGUGCAAUUAGUGAAUUUUGUACUCCAUCCGGUUGUCCAGACAUGACAGGUCCAGGUCAAAGGACUUACUUAUGGUUUGACGAAAAGGGGAAAAAGACAAAGGUUGCAGCACCCCAAUAUAUAGACUAUGUGAUGACAUUUAUCCAGAAAACUAUUAGUGAUGAGACUAUUUUUCCUACAAAAUAUGCAAAUGAAUUUCCUUCAUCCUUUGAGUCAAUAGUGAGAAAGAUAGUUAGGCUGUUGUUCCACGUGAUGGCGCAUCUGUACGCCGCUCAUUUUAAAGAAGUUGUAAUGUUGGGUCUUCACGCCCACCUUAAUCUGACUUUCGCCCAUUUGACGGCCCUCCACCAUCGGUUCUCUUUGAUUGAAUUAAAAGAAACGGAAAUUUUAAGAGAUCUUGAAGUUGCUCUCAGGCUGACAGAGGAUAGUACGCAAGAGGGCGGCAAUAAUAAUGACAAGUCCGAAUCGUCGGACGUAGACUCGAAAUCUAAUUUAACUGAAGGAAGCUGUGGUGACAAUAAAUCCUAGUUUUGCUGGGGAUACGAAAAAAUAUGUAUAUUUUAUGUAAUGCAAUUUUUUGUCUCUCCAAGUACACUAACCACUUGGCUAUUAGAGCAUGUGAUUUAAGACACAAUAGUGACUUUUAAUUUUUUAGUGGUACAUUUUAUUUAUUGUUUUAACAUGUUUUAUUUAUAUUUAGCCGACGUUGUUAUAAAAUUAAUGCAGAUAAAGAAAAAGGAACUUAUGAGUCUUAGAAAGAUACUUUUAUACAGAAAAGUUCAAAAAUA